GCAGCCUGGUCAGGGCUGGGAGAGGGUUCUGCUCUUCUUCAUCCAGACAGCAGAUCCCAUCCUCGAUCAUUAGAGAAGAGCCCAUGGAGGGCUUUCAAAGAAUCACAGUGUCAUCAUAUGCUGAAACAUCUUCAUAAUGGGGCCCGAAUCACUGUACAGAUGCCUCCCAAUAUUGAAGGGCACUGGGUUUCUACUGGCUGCGAAGUUAGAUCAGGCCCUGAAUUUAUUACAAGAUCUUACAGAUUCUACCACAAUAACACCUUCAAAGCCUAUCAGUUUUACUAUGGUGGCAACCGCUGCACAAACCCUACCUACACUUUAGUUAUCCGUGGUAAAAUUCGCCUUCGCCAAGCAUCCUGGAUCAUUCGAGGAGGAACUGAAGCUGACUACCAGUUACGAAACAUUCAGAUCAUAUGCCACAGUGAAGCAGUAGCUGAAAAGCUAAGUCGACUGUUAAAUCGAACAUGUCCUGGAUUUGUACCAGCAGAUAGUCCUUGGGAGCAGGAUGUGAACUAUGAUUUGUGGAGAGAAGACAGUGGCUGUGAAUGCACCAAGGCUCUGAAUUUUGCCAUGCAUGAACUUCAGCUGAUUCGAGUAGAGAAGCAGUACCUACAUCACAAUUUGGAUCACUUAGUGGAGGAGCUAUUUCUUGGAGACAUCCACACUGAUGCUACUCAGAGGAUGUACUAUCGACCUUCUAGUUACCAGCCUCCCCUUCAAAAUGCGAAGAAUCAUGAUCAUACAUGUAUUGCAUGUAGAAUCAUCUACCGGUCAGAUGAGCACCAUCCUCCUAUCUUACCCCCAAAAGCUGAUUUGACAAUCGGACUGCAUGGAGAAUGGGUGAGCCAGCGCUGUGAGGUGCGCCCUGAGGUCCUCUUUCUCACCAGACACUUCAUCUUCCAUGACAACAACAACACCUGGGAAGGUCACUACUAUCACUACUCUGACCCUAUCUGCAAACACCCCACCUUCACUAUCUAUGCCAAGGGCCGCUACAGCAGAGGAGUGCACUCGUCCAAAGUCAUGGGUGGAACAGAGUUUGUGUUCAAAGUUAAUCACAUGAAGGUCACACCCAUGGAUAUAGCUACCGCCUCUUUACUGAAUGUCUUUAACGGGAAUGAGUGUGGAGCACAGGGAUCAUGGCAAGUUGGAGUCCAACAGGAUGUUACUCACACAAAUGGCUGUGUUGCCUUGGGGAUCCGUCUACCUCACACAGAGUAUGAAAUCUUCAAAAUGGAGCAGGAUGCCAGGGGUCGAUACUUAUUAUAUAAUGGCCAGAGACCUAGCGAUGGAUCUAGUCCAGACAGACCAGAAAAGAGAGCUACUUCUUAUCAGAUGCCAUUAAUUCAGUGUGCUUCAUCGGUGCCAAGAUCUGAAGAGUCACCAGAGAAGAAUAAAGUAGGCCAGUACAGCAGUGGGACAACUGAAAAGGAUACCAGUGUAUUCGUCCUUACACUGACGCUGUUUAUUUAUACUGUGUCACAUUGGAACAUUCUUAGCUAGAAGCAAAAAAAUUAUUUUUCAUGACUACAAAGCCAAGAUUCCUUAUGACUGAGGGUUUUUCUUUUUAGAAAGAAGAGGACAUUUAUUUUCUUGAUGCACUUGAAUGCCUGAGAACUGUUGUUCUUUUCCUUGUUUUUUCCCCCUCCUUGAAUCAUGAACAGCACUUGUUUGAUGUUUCUACUUUGAACUUCAUCCAGUUUGAUCCCUGACAUGACUGCACACAAGUAAUUGCACUUUAGGACUGCAGACUUUGGUGGGGGUUUUCUUUUCUUUAUUUUUUUCUUUCUUUCUUUAACUGCUGGGGUGAACUCUACAAUCCUACUUCAGUUGUCUGCAGUUUUGCUGUUGUAGUUCUUCCCCUUCUCCCAACACUCAGUGUCUCAUCAGGAAUCACUCUGUACAGUGUUAAUGUUGUGAUAAUGGCUUCCUGCUUUAGGAGUCUGAUGUAGAUAUGUAUAUAGGAGAGGGAAAAAAAACCUCACAAGGAUUUAUCUAAACAUAAUCUUACAGGUUAUAAACAAGAAAAAUAUAAACUGUUCUCCAUUCCAAAGUGCCAAAUCAAAAAUCCCCCUAAUUAAAAACACUUAAGAUAAUUAACACUAUAUUUACAUUGAUUUUUAACUUGUAAAAACAACCAAAGUUUUAGUAUUUUCUCACACAACUACAAUAGAUUUAUAAUAAUUUAUAUGCCUUCCUUUGUAUCUACAAAGUAGUUACAGUCAACCCUUGUUAAAAGCCAGAUUGAGGAAAUAUUUGUUCAGUCAGACAGAUAUAGCUUAUAAAUUGCCAGUACAUUAAUGCUAAGAUGAUCUGCUGUGUGCUCAUACUCAGUAGACCUCAUAUCCUCUCUAUGCAUUGUUUUGACCUUGAAUUGUUGUUAGGUGUGGACAAAAUAUGGAAAGGCACUGGGAGCAUAAUGCUUCCUAGAAACCUUGUUUAGAAGAAGGAAUCUUUAAGAAUUUUUAAGUGGUGGUAGGUAGGAAGUAAAGAAAGGAUUUUAGCAGGAAAUACCCAGUGGGCCAAAUGAUGCCCAUGUCCUCUCAGCUUAGACAGCACAGAAACAGCUGACAAUUGGAAGAGACAUACUACGUUACAUGAGUGGGGCUGCACAAAGGUGGCAGCUCCUCCCCACCCAUCCCCACGUCCUUACACAUCAGGAGCUCACUGAGUCUGGGAAAACAUGGCUGGAAAGAGAAGACAGGCACAAUGAGGAGUACCCCUCUAGAGUGCCAUUUCACUUGGAAUAUGGCAUGAAACAGUGCUAGGUGUAUUCUUAGGUACACCCUGCUUUACAUCAUCUAACCUCUAAUGGAGGCUUUAAAGAUAAGACACAGGUGAGCAAGCAGAGGAGCUCCUAGGUUAGCCAUGCUACCAUGUAGUAUCAACUCCUAGGAAUAACACAGUACUAUUGUACUCCAAACAUUAGGAAGAACAAACUCCUUGACUGCAGAGCAGUCCACAAAUCCACAACCAACGCUCAACUGACUUGCCUGGAACUUCUAUGUGAAAGAAGCAAGUUGGACUCAUGAUAAUGCCCCAUAGCAUUUGUAAUAUCCCUUUUACCAAUAUAAGAUGUAAUUCCUGGGAACAAGAGCUGAGUAAAAGGAGAAAGGAGUCACCAGGCUUGGGCCAUAUCAUGACUCUCUCAGUGUCAAGGCAGAAGCGCCUGAUGAAAUUGUGGAUUUCUACUAAAAAUAAGUUGUACAAUAUGAUACCUGGAAGUGCUCUGACUUUUUAAAUUAUUACAACAAAUAUUAGAUUAAGGGUAAUGAGACUGUAAGGUCUCCAUACUACAUGGUAUACAAGGUAAGACUCCAUACUACAUGGUAUACUAAACUUUCCAUAGGGCACUGUUUUAAACUAUCAGAAGCAAUGCAAGUGCUAUUCCAACUGCAACACACUUACACUCAGAUGAACUCCAUUUUCAUAUGCGUCAUAAACCUUUGCCUCUUUUUAGCCUGAGCUUUCCAGGCUAGUCUUAGUCUUUAAGAUGAACUUUCUGAUGAAGUGCAAACAAAAUUCAUGUCCCUGGUUUGAGUUAUGUAUGGGUGAAAAAAAUAUGGAUUUUCCUCCCUAUAAAGUUAGCUUGCCCUUUUUUCCACAGAUGGAACGAAAAAUCAUGGAAAACCCAUUAGUAUAAGCUCAGCAAUCUGAGGGACUGGAUCAUCAGCUUGUAGUCAUCCAGUGCCAGACCCUCCCGGUGUGAUGGCAAGAGUUGGUUUCCACUUCAUCAUCUCACAGCAAAACCAUGGGAAUAGUUUCUGGCCUUGUCAGCAUUCACUCAAAUGGGUUUCCCUCCCCACAUUCAAAUGCACUUGGAGAGAGUAUGCCAGGUCAGCUGUUGAUAGGGAAAUAUUGGAAGCAUAGUUUCAGAUGAGGUCUCAGGACUGAGUCAUGCUGCUAGUCUUCUUCUUCUUUUGUAUGACUGACUUGGAACAACAAUUAUAAGUUCAGUUUAAGGUUAGUUAACCAGUCUAAUGAUCUUAAGAAAAGAAUGCAUCUCUGCAAUGUCACCCUCAAAUUUGUAUAGAGGGCAGUGUUGUUAUGUGGUCCAUAGUUUGACCAGGAUUGCCAGAGUCACAUUUUGCAGACCUCCAGAUGCACCAUUUGUGCAUCAAGUGACUGCAGCAGGCGUGCCCAGUUCGGAUCCAAUUUAGAGCCUUCCAUGUUUUUCACAGAAGGCCAAAACCAGGAGGCUUUAUUGUUGGGUUGGAAAGUGGAUGUUUAUUCUGAACGGUGGUUUCAUUCCAUGCUUUCCUCCAAGCUGCUGCACUGUCAUGCCCUGAGGGCUUGUAGACGUGUCCACAAAGGUUUCCAGGAGACCAAGCAGUGAGCUAGGAGGUUUUUUAAAUCUCUAUGGUUGGGGAGGUCUGGGUUGUCGUUCAUGCAGACGACCUGCCUGUAUGUAGCUUCGUUGUGGCAAAUGCUGCCAAUGGGAGCAGAACACAGAGUACCACAGAAGAGUCACAUGUCCUCAAAAGUCAGGACUGAACCUGUCAAACAAGAUUCUUUGGGUAAAUGUGAUAUCUUUUAUUAGACCAACUAAAUAGUUGGAAAAAUUAUUCCUUACCAGCUUUCAGGCACAAACACCCUUCUUCAGGUAUAGAGAGCCUGCUGGUGUUUGUAUGCUCUCCUUGGUGGUAUAGAAGCUUAAGCCAAUACGCAAAAUGCAGGUCUGUGAAAAUGCAAAUGUAUGGCAGUGAAGGACCGAACCUGUUCACACUCUCACCAGUUUUCCAAGUUGUAGAUUAGCAUAACUUUUUAAAUUGGAAUUACUCCCAAUUUAUUCCAGGAAGAGAUUAGAAUCAGUUCUCUUACCAUUUCAUUACUUCAAUUUAAAACGCUAAACUCUGGGAUUGCACUAGUUUUUUAAUAUAUGCCUAGAUUUUUAUUGUAUUAUUAUUUAGAAUUCCUAAGACAAGAUUCUUUCCUCAUCCCUAACAAGAACAGUUAUAAAUUGCUGUGGUUUCAGAGAGCCAGCUCCAGCAUGAUGCAUGUAUAACCUUUCAGUGUAAUGAAGGAUUGUGGCCUGUAUCAAAAUACUGUUCCAAUGUGAUGUUCAGUGGAAAAUUUAAAGAAGCACUGAUCUACAGUUCACUAUCACAUGCAAAAUCUCUCGGUUCUUGAACACUUACCAGUCUCACUUUAAACUAGUUGGGCAUCAAAAUUAUUUUGAAAACAUGGAAGGUCAAGAAAGAAAACAUUCAAUCCUUUCCAAAUGAUAAUCUAACACAUUCAAUGCCCAGUUGUAGUGAUAAUGUUGGUGUCCUGGGGCAACAUUGCUCGUAAGGGGCUGCUACCCUUAUAGGAUACACGGUAGUUAAAACGUUCCUAGGGAAAUGCAGCAGUUGGUCUUACCAGAUGUUUCUACAAAAAAGGUAUUGAUGGUAUGUAUUAAGGGUCAGGUUCUGUACCAUCUUUUAGGCCUCUACAUGAAUUAGGCACUAAAUUAUAUUCCACCCUGUUCAAUUCCCUGAAAAUCCAUAGUGUAUUUUGUAGCACACCCUCAUCUUACCCUUCAUAAUUCUGAGUCUCAGAAAACAGGGAGGAGGAAGAGGAGGACCCAGGCACUUUUUGCAUUCAGUGGUUUUCAGGGAUGUGAGCAGGAUGGGAGGCAACUAAGUCCAUUUACACAGCUAAUAGCUGGAAUAGAAUCUAGCCCCAAAGUGAUUAACUACAGGCUCUAGCCUGCUUUGAACUGCCCUUGCAUGAGGAUUUGGCUUUGCCUACAUCUUUCUCAAUUCUAUUAAUGGCAGAUGUCACAAAGUAUAUGAAUUGUGUCCAGAAUUUUUUUCUUUACCAUCUUAGAGAUGGUUUAAAAGAAAUAACUGGAGGAACAGUUUCAUAUAACAUCAAUAUUGAAAUUCAAUUUCAGGCUCUUCCAAUUCAUUUGUAAUGUGUCAACAUAACUUUAUGAGUACGGUUUCUUUGUCCAUUCCAUACCAGCCUUUUCAAAUGUAAGAGAGAGAUGCUUACCUGUGCCAUCCAUAUCAGAUGUUUUUCUAAUACUUAUCUAUUUGUUUGUCUGUAAUACUUCAUGGCUAACAUAUGAACAAGUCUUCAAAAUAACAAUUAAAAUAUGCAGCCUAUGUCUCAAUAAGCUGUACACUCAUCUGUCAGUUAGACAAAAUACAUAGCUGAAGAGUUGUACUAGUUAUUGAUCCUCUCAUUUCAACUAACCUCAUUGAAGCUGUAUAGCUGCAUGUACCCUAUAGUGCUAUAUAAAAUUGUUCCAAUCUGUUUUUUCAUUUGUAUAUAGCCUGCCUGCCUGCUUUAAGUGCUAAGACCUCAACCUGUAACUGAUUUAGCAGUGGAAGACCUGUAAACAACUUAAUGUGUAUCGUGUGGGUUCAGAUGUCUUUAAGAUGCAACAGGGAUAAAGCAAUUUUCUUUCACAACUGUCAGCAUGGCCUGGGACUUCUGUAGCAGCAUUGUUGCAUUCUGGCCCUGAAGUCAUUGUAUGAAAAAGAAAUGGGAUAUGCUACAAAGAAGCUAUUGUGCAAGUCAUUUUUACCUAUUAAGUUUUAAACAAAUAACUUCUCUCAAAGUGCAAAAGGGUACAGAAGGCAGGAAGGCAGUCAGAACAAAGCCAAUGGCCUAUGUUACCGUUUACAAAUUGUGCCUGCUCCCCUGGGAUAGAACACUCUUUUUAUGAAAGAAAAGUUCAUAUCUGAGAUCUCAAGUCUGCCUUGCUGUGUUGGAGUGUAUUUACUUACAGCCCAGGAUUUUUUUAAAAUCUUUUUAUUUUUGUAAAGUUAUAGAAGAUAUUUUUCUUCCCAACUACACAUUCCAGAUAAAACUGCCAGGGAAGUCUGAGCACUUGUUAAAAUAUUGAUUGAAAUAAAAGACUAAAUGAAGAACUAAGAGUUCCUCAACAUUUUAUCUGUAAUGGCUGUGUUUCGUCUCCUUUCCACCAGUGUAAAAUAAAAAUAAACUGUCUCUUGGACAGCUA